AUGAAGGUAAUUAACCAAUGUCUAGAACGACUAGGACAACAUCUGCAAAAACCAUUAAGGAUCUUAGACCUAGGAGGAGGCACCGGCCGAUACGCUGUCGAGCUUGCGCGAAAUGGCCAUUCUGUUACUCUCGUCGAUAUAUCGCAGUCAGAGCUCGACAUCGCAAAGUCCUUCGCUACCGAGUCUGGCGUAAACAUAGAUGCCUUUGUCCAGGCUGAUGCGCAAGCCAUACAACUACAUCCAGAUCAGGACGAUCCUGAAGCAGUUUUCGCCAAGUCAUCAUAUGAUUUGAUCCUCUGCCAGGGUCCAAUGUAUCACCUUCUUGAAGAGUCUGAACGUUCCAAAGUCCUUUGCACCUGCACCGCCCUACUCCGUCCCGGAGGAUUUCUUCUCGUCGCAUUUGUCACUCAAUAUGCGCAUCUAAGAGACAUUGCUCAACGGGACCCAGCGCGUCUUGCGACGGAGUACUCCAGCUUUUACAGAGAGUAUCUCUUGUCAGGCAAUUAUACAAGAAACGCAUCUAGUGCAAUGCACCAUACGCAUGUCAGCGAGAUUAAGGAGCUUUUUAGAAUGGUUGAUGGGCUCUGCGCAGCUCAGCAAGCAGUGGGAAUUUCUUUAAACAGGAUUGUGCCUUGCGAAGGGUUUCUGGGCGGAGGUUUAUCCUCAAAGCUGGUGACCUUGCCACAAAAAGACUACGAGCUUUGGGUGGAUGUUGUGAUGCAGUUUACGGAUGAUGAAGCACUACUGGGGAAUGCGGACCAUUUGCUGGCAGUCGCUGAGAAAAAACAAUAG